AUGGAGGGUAUCAUCCCAAUGUUAAUUGCUAUACCAUCAUUUGCUCUAUUAUACUCCAUGGAAGAGGUAGUAGGAGAUCCAGCCAUUACUAUCAAAGCUAUCAUUCUUUUUCGAGGAGCACAAUCAUGGCACUUCCAACGCCUUCAUCGGGGCAAAAGCGGGCAAGGGGAGUCGCCAGGCCGUACUCUAUGGUAG